UUGUCCAGGUUCAAGGGGUCGCAGGAGCGGAGUGGGCUGCUGGUGGUGUAUGUGUGUGAUGAGAGGAUCAGGACAGAGCAGCAGUUGACUGCUGCCCUGGAGUACCUCAAGAGCCACCCGGUGGGGGAGGUUGAUGAGGAGGAGUUCUCUCGGUACUCUGGAGUCGGUGUCCUCGUCACUCCUCAACAGAUACACGAUCAGGUGUCAGAUUUACUGGAACAUCACAAGUCAGAGCUCAUGAAACUCAAGUACAAGUUCCCAGUAGGAAAACUAAUGGGUGAGAUGAGACAGAGGCUGCGCUGGGCUGACGGUAAACUGGUAAAAGAGGUCAUUGACCAGCAGUUGGAGGCUCUUAUUGGACCUCGCAGCCAGCAGUCUCCUCAGAGUAACAUCCAGAAGAGUGGUUGUGGUGGUAAGAGUGGAGCCAAGGCUGUGGUGAAAGAGAAGAAGGCAGGUGAAGAAGAGGAGUCACGAUCUGAAAAGACGGCCGGAGAACUAUUUGGAGAGGCUGCAAACUUCCACAAGCCAGGAGAGAACUAUAAGACCGAAGGCUAUGUGGUGACCCCUCACACUAUGAGGCUUCUCAAGAAACACCUGGAGGAGACAGGGGGAAAGGUGGUUACAAGGUUUCCUCCGGAACCUAAUGGCAUUCUUCACAUUGGCCAUGCCAAGGCCAUCAACUUCAAUUUCGGAUAUGCCAAGGCUCAUGGAGGAAUAACGUAUCUGAGAUAUGAUGACACCAACCCGGAGAAGGAGGAAGAGAGGUUCAUUCGAGGUAUCCAGGAGAUGGUCAAGUGGCUCGGCCACAAACCAUACAAGAUCAAUUUCUCCUCCGAUUACUUUGGCCAACUCUACGAGUGGGCGGUAGAGCUAAUCAAGAGGGGGCAUGCAUAUGUGUGUCACCAGACCCAGGAUGAGCUGAAGGGACACAACCCUCCUCCGAGUCCCUGGAGGGAGAGACCUGUUGAGGAGAGCCUACUUCUCUUUGAGGAUAUGAAGCGUGGAAAGUUUGAAGAAGGAGAGGCCACCCUGCGUAUGAAACACGUAAUGGAGGACAGCAAGCAGGACCCAGUGGCCUACAGGAUCAAGUACACCCCUCACCCCCACGCCGGGGACGCCUGGUGUGUCUACCCCACGUACGACUUCACCCACUGUCUGUGUGACUCCAUCGAGAACAUCAGCCACUCUCUGUGCACCAAAGAGUUCCAGGCCAGACGGUCGUCGUACUACUGGCUGUGCAAUGCCCUGGACCUGUACUGCCCGGUCCAGUGGGAGUACGGGAGACUCAACCUCCAGUACACCGUCGUCUCCAAGAGGAAGAUCCAGAAACUCAUCGGCGGAGGGAUUGUCGCCGACUGGGACGACCCACGGCUCUACACUCUGACGGCCCUCAGACGAAGGGGCAUACCCCCUGAAGCCAUCCAUAAGUUCACUGCCAAGGUCAAUAAGCAACAACAGGAGAGCUGUCAUAUUAUGAUACAUUAUACUUAAACCGCUUAAACUCCUAUAAUUAUGAGGAAACUGCUCGAUUAUGGACUCCUUAAAUUUCCUGUAUGUACACCUUCUUCUGUCCCAUUCAUGUCCAGAGUAGCAGGUACGUACAGUACAGUAGAUACAAGCGUACCAGCAAGUGAAAGCUACGUACUAUUAUUAGAGUGGACUUAUGCAGUGGCGUGUGCUGAGUUGUCUUCCAUACAUUGAAUGCUGUGUAGGUUGGGGUGACCAUGUCUCAGGCAAUACUGCAUCCUAACCUCCUGGACUCCUGUGUCCGUGAUGAACUCAACAACACGGCCACCCGAGUUAUGGCCGUUCUAGAUCCGGUCAAGGUUGUGGUAGAGAAUCUGGCUGAUGUACAGGCUCUGGAAGUUGAAGUUUUGAACAUACCUCACCUCCCCGGAAAGGGUGCACACAAGGUGUUCUUUGAUCCGUCCAAUCUGUACAUUGAUGCUUCUGACUUCAAGGAGGUAGCAGAGUCUGGGUACAGGAGACUGGCUCCAGGACAGCCAGUUGGUCUCAAACAUGCUGGCUACGUCAUCUCCCACCUCAGAACUGAGAAGGACUCUUCAGGGAGUGUGGCGGCAGUGGUAGUAGAGGCCCACAGAACUGAGGAGGUGGACAAACCAAAGGCCUUCAUCCAGUGGGUGUCCAGACCUGUUCCCUCCGCCGUCCGCCUCUACUACUCCCUGUGAGCUAACUCACACACCCAUCGUCUUAUGCACUACUUAUGGUAGCUCAUCCUAUAAUAAUAUUACACAUGCAUGGGCAAAAAGUAUUAUACUACAGUAGAACCGCCGAAUAAUCUGCUCUUUUGAGGUUAAAAAUGUACUAGAAAGUGAACGUUUCAGACUUUAUAAAAUGUGACCUUCAUUUUCUCUAUUGCGUCAUUCAUUUGGAGUGUCCUUUAUCAAAGGUUCUACUGUAUUUGGUUGACUCGUUCAAUGCGUGUUGGGUCUAGAAUUCAAUAGCUGUGUGUAAUGUACAGGGUUGCAAAUGCUCUUGCCACACUCAGAUUCCUACAUCCUAACCCUGAGGAUCCAGCUAAGGUUCCCAAUGGAUUCCUCUCUGACAUCAGCCCUAACUCUAUGGAGGUCAAGAGUUCAGCGAUGGUGGAUGAGACGGUACUGGAAGCUGGGCCACUGACCGGGUUCCAGUUUGAGAGGAUUGGAUACUUCUGUGUCGACUUUGACUCCACUCCCCAACAGAUGGUGUUCAACAGGACAGUUAGUCUGAGAGAAGAUUCUGGCAAGAGCUGACCACGUACCAAUAACUCCUGUUCAAAAUUUUCUCAAUAAUAUCAUGACUGAUUAGAGACUAGCUGAAUGUACAGCAGUGGCUGGUUGUGUCUGCCCAUCUGUUUUGUAUGCAACCGUAAGCAAUAUUCACUGUAGGCUGUAGCUGAUGAUACAGGACACAAGUAAGAUAAUUUGUUUCAGGUCAGCAUCUACAACAGACACCUUAGCUAAUUAAUACCAACAUACCAGUUCCCUUAGUAUAUAAAAACUCCCUUCAAUCAAUGACAUUCCCAUGGCGA